AUGGGAUCCGUCGGGACAAAUUUUUCAUUUGGACGAUCCGAGUUUGACUCCAUCGUUCCCGGAACUCCACAGAUCAUCCGAACAGACUCGAACUUUGGACGAAUAGUAAGUGUGAUCGAGCAGCACUGCUUGGACCUGGUGGUGGACUCUAAUUAUCCACAAGCCGAAGAAUGCGCGGAGAUAAACGAUACGACCAACGCGCAAGCCUGGCAAAUAACAGAAAAUAACCAAGUGAGAUAUCUUGACAUUGACCAGGAACUCGGUUACGACGACUUUUUCGUCUGCCUUCAUGCUUUUGGAGAUAAAGACGAUAACACCGGAUUCGUGCGUGUACGCGAGUGCCCAUCAGAAUCUGACGACGACUACUUUAACUCGCAGUGGGACUUCACGUUCAAAAAUGGCGACCCGCUGCAAUUUCGGUUGCGUAACACUGCCGUCGACAUGUGUUUAGGAGAUGACGUUGUUCAGGUGAAAGCAGGCAAACCCGGCAAGCCCGGCCCUGCCCGAGUAAGAAGCACCUGGUCACUGGUCGAGUGCGACUCAGCUCCCUGGUGGCAGUUCCUCCAUCUCUUUGAAAACUGGAAAAUUGACGAACGACUGUGCAAGGUUGCGGGAGAUCCGGAAUCUUGCCUAGCAUACAAGAGUAAUGGGAAGGAUUUCGGCGGAGGAGAGAUCUUGGACCUGAAAGUGGAAGAUCUCGACUUGAACACCCUAGACCUUCCCGAAGACUACGAUCAUGAUCAGCUUCAAGAACUCAUUGAGCAAUACAAAGACGCGUUCGCCUACUACUACACAUAUCAGUUUGACGACUACGACUAUGCUGGAUACGACGGAUAA